GCAGCGUUCCGGAGCGGUGCAGCAGGUGUUGCGCUUUGUGCGCGUGCUGGCGCGUGACCAGAGUAACCUGGACGAGCUGUUGUGCGCCGAGUUGGUGCAACGGGUGCUGGACGCAAGUUUCCCACGCAGCAGUGGCGAGUUUCACUGGGAGACGCUGGUGCAGGCGGAGAUGUGUCUCAUCAAUUUGCUCUUCAACAGCAACCUGGCCCGAGAGCAGUUCACGGAAGUGUGCACGCAGCUUCUGCAUCGCAUCGCUCGUCUGGCUGGCCCAGUGCAGCAGCAGCCGCCGGCUCAGACGAACCAGUCGGCGGCCGCUUCGGAAGAGCUGCAGUUCCUGGAAGCGCUGGACAGUGAGCAGGCGAGCCAGAUUGUCUUCUACGAUCUCCGAAUAGCGUUUGUUGCGAGCGCCCACUCCAAGAAGCUGCAGUCGCGGUGGCGUAAAAGUGGCUGCGAAGUGUUCCUGGAUGUGCUGGAGCGCAGCUUGCCGUUGCCGGAGAAGCUGAAAGUUGAUUGCGGCGAGACCGAAAGCAACAAGGAUGCCGAGCUGCUGGGCACUUACCUCACUGUCCUCAUACAUCUUUGCUCGCAGGUGAAAGAAGCGCGGCGUUAUGUCCGAUUACGAGUGCUCCCACCGUUGCAUGCGAUGGAUGUGAAGCGCCGUCCGGACGAGGGUGCGGAGCUGCGCAACCGCUUGAUCCGGCUGAUGACGAGCAUCUCGAACAGCUGCAAUCUGGCAGCCGAGUUCAUCUUCAUACUGUGCAAGAAGAGUGUGAGUCGUUUUGUGAAGUAUUGCGGGUUUGGGCAUGCGGCUGGUCUGUUGGCAAAUCGCGGUAUCUUGGGGGCCCUGAAUACGCCGAAGAAUCCUUCGGAUAGCGAGGACUCGGAGACGGAAGAUUACAAGGCAGUUCAGGGUCAGGUGAAUCCGGUGACUGGCUGUAUUGAGCAGCCAGGAGAGGACCCGUUUGCUGGGAUGACCGAGGAGCAAAAAGAGUACGAGGUGCAUCGGCUGAUGAAUGAUAUCAGUAAAUUGAUGGAUCAGGGAGUGAUCACACCCGGACAGAUCGGCCCUGAUGGACGUCUACGACCAGCGAAGCAUGUCCUGGAACUUGUCAAAAAUGCGGACGAUAAAACAAGCGAAAAUGCCAGUGAUAGUGAUGUCGAUUGA